AUGCCUCCAGGAACCCCCUUUUCCCCAAAUUGUGACCCAAAAAGGACCCAGGCCCUCAGGAACUCCCCUUUUCCUUCACUUGUACCCCAAAAACUGACCCAGGAGUUUGGGGAGCCCCUUUUCCCCCACCCAUAUGGCAACGAGUUGCCCAAGGACCCCCCCUUUUCCCCCCAUUUAUACCCCAAAAUUGAUCCAAGUGUCCAAAACCCCCUUUUUCCCCCUCAUUCACACCCCAAAAUGGAUCCCAAUAGCUGGGGAACCCCUCUUUUUCCCUAUUACCCCAAAACAGGCCCAAGUAUUCGGGGUCCCCCUUUUCCCCUCAGUGACCCCCCAAAACGCCCCCAGGUACCCGGGGACCCAACUUUCCCCUCAGAAACACCCCCAAAAAGGCUCCCAAGUGUCCUAAAACCCCCCUUUUCCCCCAGUGUCCCCCCAAAAACUGCCCAGGGACACACUUUUCCCCUCGGUUGUACCCCAAAAAUGGACCCAGGUGCCCUAGAACCUCCCUUUCCCCUCAGAAACACCCCCAAAAAUGCCUCCAAGUGCCAUGGGACCCCCCUUUCCCCUCAGUGUCCCCCAAAAAAAUGCCUCCAGGUACCCGGGGACCCCACUUUCCCCUCAGAAACACCCCCAAAAAGGCUCCCAAGUGUCCGGGGAACCCCCCUUCCCCUCAGUGUCCCCCCAAAACCACUCCAGGUACCCGGGGACCCCACUUUCCCCUCAGAAACGCCCCCCAAAAGGCUCCCAAGUGGCCGGGGACCCCCCUUUCCCCUUAGUGUCCCCCAAAAAAAUGCCUCCAGGUACCCGAGGACCCCACUUUCCCCUCAGAAACACCCCCAAAAAGGCUCCAAGUGGCCGGGGACCCCCCUUUCCCCUCAGUGUCCGCCCCAAAAAUGCCUCCAGGUACCCGGGGACCCCACUUUCCCCUCAGAAACACCCCCAAAAUGCCUCCAAGUGCCAUAGGACCCCCCCUUUCCCCUCAGUGACCCCCCCAAAAUGGCUCCAGGCUCCCAAGGACCCCAUGUCCCCAUA